AUGAUACAAAAUCCAAGACUGAGUGUGUUGGUGGCGUUGGGCUUGGUCGUCGGGUCGGCCUGCAGCAGCUGCCUCGGCGGAGGCUGUGGCGGAGGAUCCUCUGGUGGCGUCAGCCGCUCCUACGCAGGACCCACCAAUAGCUUCGGAGGAGGAGGAGGAGGAGGAUCCUUCGGGGGAGGAUCGGAGGUGGAUCCUUCGGGGGAGGAUCCUCGGAGGAGGAAUAACUUUGGAGGAGGAGGAAGCGGUGGCAGAGGAUCCUUCGGCGGAGGGUCCUUCGGUGGAGGCGGCGGUCGCUUCGGUGGCGGAUCUUCUGGCGGAAGGGGCGGUGGUUUCGGCGGCGGAGGAGGAUCCUUUGGAGGAGGAUCCUUCGGCGGGGGAGUGAGCAACACUUACAGUGGCCCAAGCAAUAACUUUGGAGGCUCUGGCGGAGGCAGUGGAGGAUCGUUUGGAGGAGGAUCGUUUGGAGGAGGAUCAGGAGGAUCCUUUGGCGGCGGAGGCGGCGGGUCUUUCGGAGGUUCAGGCGGCGGGGUAUCUGGCAGUUACCUGCCGCCCUCCGGGAAAUAA